AUGUCGUCAAAUGUCGUCAAUUGUCGUCAAAUGUCGUCAAAUGUCGUCAAUUGUCGUCAAUUGUCGUCAAUUGUCUUCAAUUGUCUUCAAUUGUCGUCAAUUGUCGUCAAUUGUCUUCAAUUGUCGUCAAUUGUCGUCAAUUGUUGUCAAUUGUUGUCAAUUGUUGUCAAUUGUCGUCAAAUGUCGUCAAAUGUCGUCAAUUGUCGUCAAAUGUCGUCAAAUGUCGUCAAAUGUCGUCAAUUGUCGUCAAUUGUCGUCAAUUGUCUUCAAUUGUCUUCAAUUUGUCUUAUGUCUUCAAUUCUUCUUCAAUUCUCUUCAAUUUCUACUUCUAAACGACUUCAAAUUCUCUUUUUUGCUUUCCUUCCUUUCCUUUGUUGCUUGCAAACGCACUUUUCCUACUGCACUCUUGAUUUU